AAAAAUUGUGUUCGGUGUCUACAGUAGUUCAUAACAAGCAAAUUUGCAAACUCCAACAAGAUGAAUGGGUUAUCUCUUCGCGUGUCAUCAAUCAGAACAAAUGAAAAUGUUAAAAGAAACUCAGAAAUUCGGAUGGAUCUAUUCAAUGUGCCUUCAUCAUAUUUCUACCAACGAAGAGAAAACAAAUUUAUAUCCGGCUUGACGGAUGCAUCGUCCGUGGAUGAACAGAUCAAAAUACUGAAAGAGUAUGCAGAAUAUAUCUCAAAUAUGGAAAAAGGUCUCCUUUCAAACAUAGAGAUUCUAGCCGAUUUAUUUAUUGAAGCUCCACUGAAGCAUGCGGUCAGAAAUACUAUUUCAAAGUUUCUCAGUCAAGUUACAAUUGGGAAAGAAAUAGUGUUAUUAGGCCUAUCCAAUACGAUCCGGAACAGAAUACAAAGUUAUGAUAUACCACAAAAACAUACCCUAGCUAGUCGCAACGCUAUCAUUGCUAGCAUUGGAAGCUGUUUCGAUAAUUUCAAGGUUGGGAUAGAAGCAAUACGAUGUUGUUUGCAGGAAAUUCUAUCGUUUCUGAACAAAUCAUUAGUGUUAUAUAUUGAGCAAAUGAGUCGCAACAUUUCACCGGCUGAUAAAAGUGAGAUCAGUGUAUUCAUCCAUACAACCCUUCGUGUUGUGAUUUCGUGUUUCAAUCAGUAUCCUGGCAAGCUAAAUGACUCGUAUGAAGGCGAGAAAAAUGUCGAGAAAGUAAUUCUUAUUUGCUGGGAUUUGUUAAAUAACCCGGAGGUUCCAAUGGAUACGAAAAUCAAUUGCGGAAUAUUGAUUACCUUGAGUGCCAAUAUAGAAAAACGUUAUCUGCGAUUAACAGAACGUAUUUUUUCCGAGGAAAACUCUGCUAAGAAAUUAUGUCUGCUCAAUGGAGUAAUAUGUACAAUGGAAACAGAUUUCUUCAAUGGACCAGACUUCAUGGGGUUCAAGAUUUUUACCAAAGUCGCAAAUGUGCUGAAAGAAAUAUCGGAAGAAAAUUCCAUAGAACCUAGUAUCGUCUUAGGAGUAGCUAGAGGAUUCUCGCAAAUGACUAAGAAGUUGCUAUCGAUCCAAAUCAAAGAGUAUCUGGAUCGUGAUCAUAGAGAGCUGGUGGAAAUAUUAGCUGUGAACUUAGGAUACUCGCUAUCGCAUCUGGAUCAUUACAUGGACAGCGUGCGAUAUCUCUGCAAAGAACUCCUGAGAUUGACAAUUCAGUUGGGAGUUAAAAUAAACGAUCGGUUAAACCAUAUCAUCUAUGAUUAUAUCAGGAAUGUCAACAUAAACAUAAAUACUAAGUGUAUUUUGAUCAGCGCUAUUUGCUCUAUAGUAAAAGCGAAAGCAGUUUUGGGAGCAGUCCCAAAUGUGAUUGAAUUUUUGCUCAGGUCUCUCGCCGUUAAUGAUCAAGCUAACGUUAAUUUGCAUAUAAACAACUGCUAUGAAACAUUGAUGAUGUCGUAUGGAUACAAUGAAAAUAAGCAAGAAUGGUUCAAUAAGUGGAUCAAUCCCAUAUUGAUGGAAAUUAUGAAGAACGGAAACAACGCUGGAAUCAAGCAGGCACUGUUUGAUUUGAUCCGCAAAGCAAUCAAGACUUACCCAGAGAUUGCUAUUUGUAUGAUUGACAGUAAAGUUACUGUUAAUUUCGGGAUAAUAUUGACAUCUCUGGGGAUAGCGAAGAAAAGCGGACUUUUCGAUAAGAUUGAUUCGAAUCCAUUGAAAUGGAAGAAUUUGCUUUCUUAUAGAGAAAUCAAGUUGGCCAUGAUUUCAGGAGAUGACUCCACCCGAAUGGCAGCUUUGUAUUUGCUGACGGAAUGCCACAAAAGUACCGAACUUUUCACCAAAGAAGACCUUGAAUGUUUACUAUUCUUUCUGGAGACUAAUAUCAACGUUCAGGCACCAUCGCUGAGACAAAAAAUUACCUGCUACAUGAAAAAUGCAAUGAAUCGGUUGAAAUCUGGAUUUUUGAGCAUUAUUAAAAAGUCCGACACGGAUGGAAAAAGUCACUAUUACUACGAUUUUGUAAAGAAACUGCAUCAUUUUUGUAUAGACAACUUAUUUGUCGGUGCAAACUACAGUCGUCGAACAAUUUCAUUUCAAAUACUUAUUCAGUUACUACAAAUAGCUAGCUAUAUAUUCUACGAUAACGAAAAUUCUAACAUGUGGAACGAGCGUCAUGUGGGCAUAUUAUUGAACUCUUUAAAUGAUAGCUAUGAAGCGAAUAAAGUGUACUGCAUGAAUAUUCUCAUGUAUUGCCCCAAAAUGUAUUUCGAUAACUAUAAUUAUCUGAUUAAUUACGACAUCGUUAAAGAAUUAAUGACUAGUUGUAAGCCAAAUGACGCUCUUUCUGCAGCCUAUUAUCUGGAGUAUUUAUGUUUCAUCAACACAGCCAUCGAGGCUCCAGUUGUAGUCGAAGAAUCGGUAUCAGUAGUCCACUCGAGGGUCCACAAAACAUUACUGUGGUGCGAGCAUACCCUUCAGCAUGGUUUGCAUAUAGCAAAAACAUCGUUGUCUCGAGCCGCUCGAGAAAAUCCCAUGUUCGGUUCACUGGCUUGCAUCCGUCACUUGUUGAACAAAUUGGAUUUUAAGGAGAUCGCAAAGUGCAAUCGAUGGGUGCAAUUUGUUUGGAAGCUUUUGCAUACCUGUCGAGAAUUAUCAAGUGUUGUUGCCGUCGUUGUGAAUAAUUCAUCUCCAGAGGGCAGUUUGCCGAAUGAUUUCAGCAUGAUGGAAAACUGUAUAUACGACGAAGAUGUCGAAAUGGAAUCGUUUGAGGCUACUAUCGACGUAGACAUUGCGAGUGAUGUUGAAGCUGUCAGAACAACACCGCAAAUGGUGCUACUGUGUGCUUGGCGCACAAUAAAAGAGGUUUCAUUAAUUCUUGGUGAUAUUGCGUUCAAAUCGCCUGUAAUAAGAACUCAACUAUCCAUCGUUAACACCCAAGACGAUUACGUUGGAUUGAUUAGCUGUGACCAAGUUGUGCAAAUUGGAACACAUUUUACAGAUCUGUUGUCGGAAACUAAACAUCGUGGAGCCUUUGAGCAAGCCUAUAUAGGAUUUUGUAAAUUGUGUAUCCGACUAUGGGGAUCCCAACACGAGGAAUUACAUAAACUACCAAUGAAAUGGUUACAGGAGAUGAUUUCCGCGAUCAACAGCAACUGUGAGAGUGUUAUUAAAUCUGAAAAAAUAUGUCCGACUAGAAGAAGUGCUGGGAUUCCGUAUAUGAUGCAAGCUUUAAUCACAUCUGAACUUCAAGUAAGUUCAUCUAAAGGAUUUCAGUUUUCCAUGAAGAAUUUAUUAGAACUAUGUCGAACCGGAUCCACAAGUCAAACAAGAACCCAUGCUUUGAAUAUACUACGAGCACUAUUUCGAACCACCGAUCUUGGCGACUCUAUAGGAGAGUUUGUAGCUGACGGAUUCGAAUGCGCCAUAAAUGGUUACGACGCAGAAUCAUGGUCGGAGAGAAACUCGUCUACAUUGCUGUAUUCCGCACUGAUGAUAAGAGUAUUUGGUGUACAGCGAACGAAGGAUUCGGAAAAUUUAAACAUCAGGAACAAAAUGACAGGACGGAUAUUCUUUUUACGGUACCCUCAACUAUAUGACUUUUUUGUUACGGAGUUGGAGAAAGCUAGUCAACUGAUCGUUAGUGGCGGAAGGAGUAAAAAACUUCAUCCGUUACUUCUGCUCCUAAGCCGAUUAUAUCCCUCAGCGUUGGAAGGAAGUGAAUCCAAUCUUAAGUUAUCACGAUUCGUGCCUAUCGUGUCAAUUUGCUCCGGUUGUGCAGAACUACAAACGCGGCACCUUGCGGCACAAUUUAUAGCAAUAAUUGUCUCACCAGACUUAAUUUUCGAUAGAAUAUUUUUAUUACUGGAAAGCUUGAAUAGAUCCAACAACAAGAAGAUCAAUCCAAAUUCACUGCAUGGUGCACUUUUACAAAUUCUAUAUUUAGUGAAAACUAGAACACUUGGUGUAAUGCCUGAAUCAAGUAAUCAACUAAACAACUGGAUUGAGCUGUACACCGCAAUAUCAAACUAUCUGUUUGAGGUAAAAUCCAACUUUAUUUUAUAUGGUGCCAUUAUAGAUAUUCUGAUCGAAAUUUUGGCCAGGUGUCAAAAUGUAAUUUUUACUGAGGACGACCAGUUUCUAGAUGAUCUCAGUAACAUCGUCGAUUAUUUGUUUAAUCUAACAAAGCAGAAAGCUUACUAUGGUAUUGAUUCAAUCAUGCGAAGAAUUGUCUUAAUAAAGCUGGUGAUGUUUAUGUAUAACGAUGACGAGAAUGUGUCAAGUGAAUGUUUUCUCUGUGACAUUGAUUCGACUAAAUACACCUACGAUUAUAUAGAGUCGCUUAUGAAUAUUAUUCUGUUAGUUCUGGAUUUCAAUGAAAAUAGCUCGAAUGCAGACCAAUUAGAACUGGACAAAAUGGAGCUUUUUUACAUACGUCAUCUUAAUGAUUGCAAACGAACGAAAAUAAAGGCGAUAAGAAGCGAGUUUAUAAAGUCCCAAAAGUGUCAUAGUCAUCUGAAAACUAUCAUUGAACGCAAUAUUUAUCAUAGCUGUGUCGUGAAAGCCUACACUAUAUUGAGCUACAGUAUAACAGGUAUACAGAUUUUGUUGACGAAUAAUGACAAUGUUGAAAAUCUUAAAACGAUGUUCGAAAUGACAACCUGCAACUCUGACCAACUCAAAUCGAGCAUCUACAAGUGUAUUCAAUGCAUAUAUUACGUGGAAUUGAAAAACGAUUCCCUUGGCAUAAAUUUACUACCACGUAUGUCUUCAGCCACUCAGUGCAGCAGUAUCAGGGCAACCACUAUAAGAAUCGUGAGGAUCAUUUCGAGAAGAUUUCCCGAGUAUAAAACAUUCGAGCUAUAUAUGAAUUUUAGCAGAACUUUGAUAGCGCUUUUAAACGAUGAUGACUCAGACAUCAGAGAGGAAGCGGCCGAGUUGGUUACAAAUCUUUUUAGUUACACACAGAAAACAAAAAUUCAUAUUGUUACUGUUAUCCCUUCGUAUGCACAAAAAGUGUUCCUCCAAACUCUAACAAAAGUAAUGUUAACUAGGAAAUUCACAAUUAAGCACGUUAUAGCUAUGAUACUGAUUUUGAUGGCUUACGAAACAGAGAACGACGAACAAAUCCCAGAUCGCAGCGAGAAAUCGGAGUCCCGAGUGUUUGACAGAAAUGAACUCAAUGUAUAUGGAGAAUCGCUUUUAUUCAAGGAGUAUUGCAUCAGAGAGAUACAAAAUUUGAUCGCUCUGCACAACACGCAUAUUGAUGAUUGUGCAGAACAUAUUAUCAAAAUCGCAGAGACACACUGCGAUUUCAAAUUUGCAUUUCACUUAUGUUUAGCAGAGGUAAAAAAAUCAGUUAGUUUGAUAGAUAUUUCUAAUGACAAACACUUACUGUAAACGGAAUCAUAUUUUUCAAUUUAAGCUGUUUUUUUUUAUUAGAGUAGUAAGAAUCUGUAUAUUUACAAAUAAAAUCAUUUAUGUGAAAACAAUAUGUAUUAAAAGGUGUAAAUAAAACAUUGUGCAGUAAAU